AUGGGCUUGAUAUCGACCAGCUAUGCCCUGCUGCUGGCCAUAUCAUUCGUCGCCUUGGUUGACGCUGGUUGUCACUACCAAUUUCCAGCAUUUCCUCCUCCGGACUACGCUGAGCCUUGUCCCGAGCUGCUAGAAGCGUUCAACCGCAUCGAGACCACUGUUUCAGCUCUGGUGGCUGACCCGAGUUUCAAUACCUCGUCUUACUCGAUCGAAGUCACUUAUGCCAAAUCUACUUUGUGGACUAGUUUCCACACCGCCGUGGACAAGGAUCCAGCACGGCCUGGGGCAGAAGAGAUUGAUGGAAGAAGCGCCUACCGUAUUGCGAGCAUCACCAAGACAUUUACUGUGCUAGGUAUCCUCAAACAACACGCUGCAGGAAACCUGAGCCUCGAUGACUCUGUGGACAAGUACAUACCGCAAUUGGCUGGUCAUCAGAAUGGAACCAUCCCGUGGAAGGAUAUUACGUUGCGGUCCCUAGCAAGCCAGUUGAGCGGCCUCCCGCGGGACUGGGCUCAAGGUGAUUUGGCUACAGAACUAUCAGAUCCAUCAGCACUGGGACUCCCACCUGCCAGCCUUUCAGGUCUGCCACAAUGCGAUUCUUUCGGCGAAUACAGGCCGUGUACGGAACAAGAGCUCUUGCAAUCCAUCCAGAGCAAACCUCCUCUCUUUGCUCCCAAUCAAAAAUCGACAUAUUCCAACAUCGCCUUCGAACUUCUGGGUCUUGUUUUGGCGAAUGUCACUCUCAUGGAUUAUGAGGAUUAUAUUCAGUCCGCCAUCCUAGACCCUCUCGAGAUGACUGGCAGUUCAUUUUCCAAACCUUCGGAUUCAAUCGCAGUCCUCCCUAAAAACAUUAGCUGGUAUUGGGAUGUUGAUGAAGGGAUCCAGAACCCUACAGGAGGGCUGUAUGCCUCAUCAGCCGAUAUGUCAAAGUUCCUCCGCUAUGUGCUGUCCCAUUACAAUGGCAUCACCCCUGCCCUUAAUUGGCUGCAGCCUGCAUCGUUCACAGCCGGUCUGAACUCAUUCUACGGCACCCCUUGGGAAAUGUUUCGCAGUAACAAAAUCCUGAAUGAUCCUGACCGACUGGUCACCUUUGCGACCAAGGGAGGAGGUCUUCCUGGCUACUCUACAAUCAUCGUAUUAGUACCGGAGUUCGAGCUUGGAAUUACCAUCCUGACCGCGGGCAAUGAGACACUUCUGAACCACCUGCUUGAGGCGACAACGGUGCCUUUGAUCCAAGCAGCUGACAUGGUGACCCAACGUCACGUUCAAAAUGCCUACACUGGCACGUUCGAGGCGUCCGUGAUCAACUCAUCUAUUGCUCUUUCAUACACUCGGAAAAAUGGCCUCGGAAUCACUGACUGGAUCUCCAAUGGGACGGAUAUGAUGACCGCCAUACCAAGGUAUUUCAAGUUUGACUCCGGUAAAAGCCAUGUCCAGCUUAUGACAACGCUCCUCUUCCGCGAUCAGGAUAACCUAGCUGGCGAGUGCUGGAGAAUGUUGGUACUUCCCAAUCAGAGCCCUCCGGACAAGGCAAAAGUCUGGGACGACUUCUGUGUUAGUGAUGUGGACACCAUGAUGUAUGACGGGCUCCCCUGGAACGAGCUUGUCUUCUGGGACAAGGACCCGAAUGGGAGAUUCCACACCGUGGAACUAACCGCCUUCCGGGUUUCCAUGUCUAGAGCCAAUACUAAAGAGGUGAUCAGCGAGAAGCUACUGAUGCAAGACUUGUAA